AUGGCAGCACAACAACUUCAGGCUCAUCCCAGCAACACACCACCUUCUCCACCAAAAAUCUCCAUCAAUGCCAGCCACUACUCAAUGCUCCUCAACAACGACGCCAAUGGUUUGUGGGACGAACUCGAUGAAGGUUCCGACUUCUCUAACCUCGUCUGGGAGUCGGAUAACAGCACCAUCCUACACUUAGCAGCAAGUGUAGGGCAGUUGUACUUGAUUGACAAAAUCAUACAGCAGCCAUGUCAACACCUUCUUCGUGUUCCGAACACGAAGGAUGAUCUUCCUAUUCAUGUUGCUGCACGGUCGUGCCAGUUUGAGGCUGUUAAGAGAUUAGUGUUUUUGGCUGAUCGGUUUAACGAGAUUUCUUUGUUGGAGAGAACAAAUAAGGACAGUAAUACUGUUCUUCAUAUAGCAUUAGAGAAUCAACAAGAGAAAAUGGCUAAGUUUUUGUUUGAAAAAUACCCAAAAACAUUUUAUUACUUGAAUUUGCAGGGGUUUUCUCCCCUUUUUCUGGCUAUUAAAGCAGAGUUUUGGGAUCUUGUUAAAUCUAUGCUUUCUGAAGCUAUAGUUGACGAGUUUCCUGAGGCUUUGGCUCAAUUAUUGGAAGGAAAGUCUGUUGUUCAUGCUGCAAUUAUUGCAAAGAGGAAAGAUAUCUUGGAAAUGAUGGUUAAAGGAUAUCGGGAGCUACUAUACGAGAAGACAGAUGAAAUGGGAAGAAAACCGCUAUCAUAUGCUGCUUACACAGGCUUCCUUGAUGGCGUUCAAUACAUAAUCGAUGAAUUUCGAAACCAAGCUUACAAAAUCGACGAAACUGGUUCAUUUCCUAUCCAUUGGGCUUGCAGUGGAGGAGAUAUCAAAAUAGUCAAGGAGUUCUUUUCUCGUUUGCCAAUGAAGGCUAGGCUAACGUUGAACAACAAGGGGCAGAACAUCCUUCACGUGGCUGCCGCGAAUGGGAGAGCCGAGGUUGUCAAGCAUAUCUUGCAACAACCGGAACUUGAAAUGAUGAUCAAUAUGAAAGAUGAAGAUGGCAACACUCCCUUGCAUUUGGCUUCCAAGAGGAAACAUCCUAAGGUGGUUUAUGAUUUUACUUGGGAUGAUAGGGUCAAUUUAACCCUCCAAAAUAAGGAUGGACUCACAGCUCUUGACAUUGCUGAGGAUUAUGGAGAUCAAAUUCCCUCAUUUAAAGAGCGUUUAACAUGGUUAUCCUUGAAGUAUGCGGGUGUGCCAAGAGCCCCAGAAUUUCACUGCCUAAACAUAAAUAUAAUUGAGCCAGCAAACAUGACCAUGAAUAGCAAUAUAAUUAAUGCACAACACACUUUUGUAAACAAUCAAAAUGGCCCACCUACUUUUAUGUUACUCAAUCAACAAAGUAACCUAGGAAGAUCUCAUCCAAAUAAUAAUAAACCAAAAAACAAGUACAAGCAGAGAAUCCACACACUCCUAGUGGUAGCCACCUUAGUAGCCACAAUUACCUUCGCCUCUGGCUUCACCGUCCCUGGUGGUUAUAGCAACAACAAGCCCGACGAAGGGAUGGCCACCCUAGUCCACGAGUGUGCAUUCCAAGUUUUUGUUAUUAGCAAUACCAUUGCCAUGUAUAGCGCCACCCUUGCAAUGGUCACCCUCAUAUGGGCCCAACUCGAAGAUCUUAGGCUCGUCUUGUUAUCACUAGACUUUGCGCUACCCUUGCUCGGAGUUUCCCUAGCCAUGAUGUCGGUGGCGUUCAUGGCGGGUUUGUAUGUGGUGUUGCAUACCUUAGUGUUUUGGCUAGGUCUUGUGGUGUUAGUCAUGGGAGGAAUGUUCUUAGGUGCAUUAUUAGUUUUUUUUAUUCCUCUAUAUUCGCCAAGAUCUUGUAGUAAAAACAAGAUCUUGCGUAAUAUUUGUCAUGUUCCCUUCACCCUCAUGUUGUUAGCUUGUGAGAAGGUUAACGGUGGGAAAUAGUGUUGAUUUCUUGUAUUUGUAUUAAGAUGUUGUUAGCUUCUUUAAUUAUUAGUGGUAGAAAAUUAAAUAAAUAACUACUUGUAUUAAGCUAGUGUUAUCUAUACAAAAGUUAACUAAUAUAAAAAGUUUGGCAAUACUAAGAGAUUAAAGAAAACGCCUGAACAAUCAAGUUAUAAGUCUAUAUGAGGUUCUACAUUUAUAACUAUUAUCCAAUACUAUAUUUUUUAAAAAUAAAUUUAUUUUAAUAUGAGAAAUGAAGGGUCUUACUUUAUAUUUUAUUUUUUUUACUUUUUUUUAUACAGGAAGGGGUCUUAUUAAUUGAACUCCUAACAUUAUACUCCCUCCGUCCCCAAAAGAACGACCCAUUUGGGUUGAUUACGCGGGUUUAUUAAGAAAGUUAAAUAAAAAGAAGUAAAAGUAUAUUGAAUAUAUAAAUUUACAUAGGGUUUGUAAAAAAAUAGAGAGAGAAAGUAAUAAAAUUGCAUGGAAAAUCAAAUUUUUAUAUGGGGAAGCUAAUUUUGCACAAAUAUAGUUGCAAAUUGGUGGAUCUUUUAAUGCAAAUGGGUCAUUCUUUUUGUGACUAAAAUUAGGCCAAAUGGAUCGUUCUUUUAGGGACGGAGGGAAUAUAAAAUGACUAGUUUACGGUGUAUUCAUGAUUAAUAACACUAACUACUAUCACCAAUAUAUAGACAUAUAGUAGUUGAACACCGAGUGGAGUCGGUGGACUGGUCGCCUUGUGAAGAAUAGCGUGAUAAUUCCGCAAUUCCAACAUUUCCUUCUAACUUUUGGUACAUUCAAAUGAUUCAAUUAGUUAGAUAUAAUUCCAACCGUACGUAAUAACUUUUAUAAUUGUAUACAUUGUUAAAAUAAAGAUAUAAUUUCUCAAUUUUUUAAAACAAUUUUCUUGCAACAUUUUUCCUUUCACAAUUGUUAAUGCAUCAUUUCUAUCACUAAGUUACCAAAAAAAAAAAAAAAAUCCAAUGUCUAUGUAUAUAUAUUAAAAAUAUGAUAUUAUGAAAAUAUAAUAGAGAUGAAUUUAACUAGAUUCCAAAUAAAUAUAUUUUUCUUUAAUUAUAAGGCCCU